AUGGCUCCAAGCGCGGAAGGAAAAUCACGCAAGGUCUCCUCUCUCACACCGCAAGAAGUGCAGCGCAUGCGGCGUCAACCGGCCCAGCUCCGAUUAGAAGACCUGCUUGAUGAGCUUGCUCUAGUUCAAAGAUGUCUCGGCAGCAGCAAAAACAGCCUGAUGGAGGAGAUCAAAUUUCUUCGAGACGAAAACCGACAACUGCAGUCUCGCCUAAAGACCAUCAGACGGGUCGCCCUCAAUGAGCUGUCAGAAGAAAGGAGACUUGCUCCGACAUAUGCCAAUCGAACUCCUAAUUUAAGUCGUGUAGGAGGUCAGAGCUCUCUGAUCUGUCGAUAUCAUUCCUUACGCGAUGGACGAAGGCAUCCUCAAACGAGAGUGGACGACCUAGUUCUCUCGCCUCCCAUUACGACCUACCUUCCACACAAAGCCCAAGCCCUCCAUCAUCUGGCAUUAUCUGUUGAUGAAGUUGGGGCGCUACGUGACCGUCGUUCGCAGAAGCAGGAUAAAGAGGUGUCUGGCUUGAAUCCCCACUCCGAGGCCGUCUGUGGAGUUACAACCCCAGAUAUAACAAGUCAAAUCGUGCAGACUCCAAUAUGCAGGAAGGAACGAAUGGUAAUUUUGGGACCAUACCUGGUAAGCGUGCUGAAGCCGGCUUUCUUUGCACUUGCGCUGAGGCUUACCUUUCUGACCGAAGCAGACCAAAAUCCCCAUAAGGUGUCACAAGAGUCUCAAGACCAGAUUAGCGCGCCGUUGACUGCUGUAGCGCCUAAGCUCUCUUCUGAAAUCACGAAGCAACAAGCAGAUUGUCCUUCGAGCAUUGAAUCUGUCCUGGUCAAACACACAACCGCUACAUGUCCCUUGGACCAAAUUCUUUUGGACUUUAUAGGCUUCCGGCGUGCCAUGGCUGCUCAAGCUGCUGACGUCGAGGCUGUAACGGGGCCGGCCCAGCCUUUUGUGCAAGCUUUUGUGCAACGAGAUAAUAUGAUUGGAUUGCACCCAACCUGUCGGGUCCUGACAGAUGUCCUCUUAAAGUUCGAGCAUGUCAAUCUUCCCGAAAAAAUAGCUUUUAUGUUUGUGAUGUUCCGAACUAUGAGGUGGUGGCAAAUAUCUCCUACAGAGGAGAACUACAAGCGGAUGCCACAGUGGCUUCGACCAACCACGAUCCAAAUCACGGUUCCACAUGCGCCGUGGAUUGACAACAUUCCCUGGCCGCAGAUACGCGAUUUGUUAAUUCAACAUCCAGACAAAUACACUUAUUCGUCAUUUGCCGAUCUUUAUUCGCCACACGUGGUUGUGAACUGGCCGUUUAAUCCUAUGGGUGCCGUUUGCGAGACUAAACAUGGUCUAGUGAUCCAUCCAAACUUCGAAAAACAUAUCCGAAAUUUGGACAAUUGGACUGUUUCCAGUCGCUUCAAAGAAAGGUUACCAGAAGUGACUGCCAUCAUCGACGAGCGAAGCUAG